AUGACCACCAUCAAGCCGGUCGAAGAUCUGACACUCACACCCUUAAAACUUUGGGUUUUCUUUUCCCUUGGUAAAUACCGAGAAAAUAGCAGCCACAGAACAUCUAAGGUUUGA